AUGACGAUGAUAUUAAAAUUGAAACAUUUCCAAACACCUCCUUUCCUUGCAGUAAAAGAAAAGAUAGUUGUCAAAUUUGAUUCUUCUUGUUCAAGAUUAAAAGAAAAAGAAGAACAAGAAGAGGAAGAAGACGAGGAAGUAGAAUUAGUUUCUUUUCUAAGAGACAAGGAAAAGGCGAACCAACUACAAAAACAACAACAAGAUAAUAUAUACUACAAUAACAACCAAAAUAACAACUAUAACAACAACACAUCAAUGAUGAUGAUAAAUCAUAGUCACCACAAUGGCAGUGGCAGUGGUGUUAUAAAUAUAAAUAUAGGCACGAAUAAUAAUGAUAGUCGCGAAUUGGAAAUAUUGGAUUUGUCACGUCAAAGGUUACGUGAAAUUCCUUAUUUCCCAGAUUAUGCAUCGUUGCGUACAUUGAUUGCAUGCGAUAAUUUGGUGAGUCAAUUGACAGUGGCGUUUAUCGAAGGUACUCCCAACUUGCAAGUUGUGGAUUUGAGUGCCAACACGUUGGCCAGUCUGCCCGAAGAGAUUUAUUUGUGGGCGAGUGUGACAGUGCUGCGUCUCGACAAAAACUAUCUGACCGAGCUACCACAGUCACUCAGUCGCAUGCCGCUGGAACAACUCAGCGUCUCCAACAACCAACUCACUCACAUCCCCAACUUCACCCACAUGCCCAAUCUCCGUUACCUCUGUAUUUCACAAAACAGUCUGCUGUCGGCAUCGGUCCACCGUAUUUAUUCAUACCUCUAUCCAUCGAGUUCACCCCAUACACUAUUACGUGGGUUCUCGUCUACGCCAUCAUCCCUAAUGGAUCAUCUUAGUGGUAUCCAUGCCAACACUAAUAAUAAUAAUAAUAAUAAUAAUAUUAAUAAUGCAAAUACAAAUACUACUACUGGCAUACUCCACCACCCGUCUACCAUGACGACGGCAUCGAUAUUCAUACGCGAGGAGAGAGCCAGUGGCAAUGGAGGAUCGUCGUCAUCUUCACCGUCCAACCUCACCUCUCCACUCAUGGUCAAUCAGCCAACCCAUCAACAACAACAACAACAACAACAACAAUACUCUGGUGGCGGUAGAUACCUUACUACCACAAAUACUGGAGGUGGACCAACAUCCAAGUUACCAACACAAACCACAUCCAUCAACGUGUCACCACUCCACUCACCAACACAUUCAGAGCACAACUCAUUAAAUAUGAAAAAAAAUUAUAUUGUAACAAUACCAUCAGAUAUUCAAAAAUUGAUUAAAUUAAAGAGAUUGGAUUUAUCAAAUAAUGCAAUCACUCAUCUACCAGAAGCAUUGAGUAACUUGAAAUGCCUCAGUUCGAUCAAUGUUGGCAACAAUAAAUUGGGAACAUCAAACACCAUCGAAUACCUCGCCCGCAUCGACUCGCUCACAAAAAUCAAUCUAAAAUCCAAUCUUAUCGUUCAUUUCCCAACAUCACUCUUAUCACUCUCCAAAUUAAGUUCUCUUUAUUUGGAUAGUAACGAAAUUUCAAUUCUACCUGAAUUAAAAUCUUGUAAAUCGUUAACUGAUUUUACUAUUGAAAAUAACAAAUUAAUUAAUGAACCAUUAUCACCACAUUUCAAUCAAGAAUCAUUGUAUAUUUAUAAUCCAAUUCAUACUCCAUUGUCACAAUCCCAACAUAGUUCCUCUCAAAAUACUAGUAGUGGUAAUUUAAUGAAUAUCAAGGAUAUGGUUAUUACUACUGCUACUACUACUUCUACACCAACCAUUAUAACUCCUAAAGGUAUUAUUACUACUACGACUUGUAAAAUAACUACUCCAGUUGUGAUACACCCUAGUAUUGUGGUGGUAGAGACAACACCAUCAUCAUUGUCCAAUUCAAUUGUAAAUUCACCUUCAUCUUCAAACAAUGCACUUUCAACUCCGACAUCACCAUUAUCAAUCUCAAAGAAACCUCCUAAACCAUUACCUGUCGUUCCAAACAACUCACACCACUCAUCAUCGACACUGCGUGGCAAUAAUAAUAAUAACUAUGGAGGUAAUCUAACAAAGUCUUCGACAACCCCGUCACUCUCUGAAAAGCCGAUUGUACCACCACUCAAACUAAAACCUUUGGAUGAGUCACAACCAAUGUUUUUCUGUUCACCAAGUCAACAAUUAAAUAGUGGUAAUAGUGGUAGCAGCAAGUCUGGUGGUGGGUCUGUAUCUGGGUUGAGUGGGUGUCGUGUCAGAUCAUUUACAUCGUAUGAUUAUCCUACAUCAAUUGAUUCGUCGCGUGCCAAGGAUGGAGGACGUGAUAUUUCUAGCCAGGAUUUAGCCAUGUCACACUAUGAAGGUGGGUUCCUCGAACGUACCAUGUCAUCAUCUAGUGACGGCGAGUUUCCAUGGCCGUCGGAUGAGAUUGAUGGUGGUGGUGGCAUAACUAGUAGCACGAGUAUUGGUAGCGGACUGGCCAACAGCACGAGCGGACACUUUAUCGGUACCCAAAAGGUCACUUCUCCCAACACCGAGCGUACACGUCCUAGAUCAUUCACCAAAUUCACCUCUGACAUUUUUAGUCGUGCCAAACAUUCAAUUAAAUCAAACUCUAAGAAAGAAAAGGAAAAGGACAGUACGAGUAGUAGUAGCAACAAAUUUAAUUCAAUCUUCACACCAAGAAGGGACAGGGAAAAGGAAAAAGAUAGGGACAGGGAUUUGACGACAACCCUUGCACCAAUGUCCCCACACGCAUUUAUUAAAAGUGAUGAUAAUAGUAGUAAUAAUGGGUUGGUCAUUAGCUCACCAUCAACACCUCGUCAUGGGUUCCCAUCUUUUGAACGUAAUGGUAGUCACCCGUCAAUUAAACGUGAUAAUAGUACUCUAUCGUCACUUGAUCAUGACCACCAUCAUGUUGGCAAUUACAGUCACAACAAUAGUAUAGAUGAUUUCUCAACUAUGAUACCUCAUCAUGGCAACAACAACAACAACACCAAUAAUAGAUACUCGGAUGAGUUUACUAGUCCUCCCAUCUCCCAAUCAAUGCCUGUUUGCGGACAGUCACUCCUAGAGAAAAGUAUGUCUAAUCAAGACGAGGAAAUGAUGUUGUUUGGCUGCGGCGGACAAAACAACACUACACCCCAACUACUCAACGCUUCAUCUGUCAACAUUCAACAUAAUGCUCCCAAUACAUCUCGUGUCUAUCUCAAAUCACCUUCUAUUGAAGGUAACGGUAGUGGUAGUAACAGUAAUAAUAGUAGUACUGUUGGUAGUCCAGCUGCUGGCAACAAUAAUAAUAGUAAUAAUAAUAAUCAACAAGUAUCAGGAAUGAGAAUCAAGAUGGAAUUUGUUGAUGAGAUCUAUGAUGAUAAGAAUCAACCUGUCAGCUAUUGGAAAAAACGUUUGAGUGGGUUGGUCAAUGCCAAUGGACAGAUGAACAAGUCUAGUACGAACCUACUCACACCAAAUAGCAAGAGUGGGUCGGAUAGAUCAUCGGGUCUGCAAUCAUCCAUCUCGUCGUCAUCGGUGCAACAACAACAACAGUACAACCAGUAUGCUGCACAACCCAAGGUCAAAAAAUCAAAGGAUUUGAAUGUAGGUUCGUUGCAGUAUGGAUCAUUAUUAUCGACUUCACAGAGCAACUUGAGCUCGUUUUUAGGGUCGACAGUAGCUGCUGGAGACAAUGCAAAUAAUCCAAGUAUUGGUGGAGGUGUGUCUCCAUCAUCGUAUGCUGGUAGUAACCCACUCGCUGCAAGUACUAGUAGUAUCCCUUACAAUAAUAACAAUGGUGGUGGUGGAAAUGGUGGUGGUGGUGGAAUAGGAUACAUGCUCAAAGAAUCAACAUCCAACACCAACUUAAACUCAAAUCUUGAUGGCGAUGACUUUAUCAGAGACCUCAUGUCUAGUUAUGUUAUUAAUCAAGACAUUGAAUUUACGUCAGAGGAAGGAGUACCAAAGAUUAAAACAGCCUCUCUCAAAAUGUUGGUUAAUCUACUGACCCAUGAAAAGGGACAAAGUAAAGAUUUGGAAAACUGUUUCUUUGACACUUACAAGUUGUUUACCAAUGUAGAAUCGAUUGUUGCAUUGUUGCAAGAACGAUUCUAUCAAACUGCCAAAGGAACGGGUAACGCAAGUCUGAUCAAGCUUAAAGUGAUACGAUUUGUACAUCGUUGGGUCGAUCGCAACUGGGACGACUUUUUAGACAAUAGCCCGACGACCGACGAGCCAUACACUACACGUCUCAAAGAUUUUGUAAAGGUGUGCCAAGAUACAGUGGAAAAGGGGUUCUCGGCUUCAUUCUCCCUCAAGACAGAGUUGAGUAACCUCGCCAAGUUUACAGACAUCAAGUCUGACCCAGACUAUUUUGACGAUGGCAGUAUGGGAGAGUGGGAGCAGCCACCUCCCAUCCCAGACUUCCAGUUCCAAGAGACACUCGUAUUACUCGAUCUCAAGUCACACGAGAUAGCCCGUCAACUCACAAUGAUCGAUCAUUCACUACUCCACAAGAUUACCAAGCGCGAGUUACUCGACUAUUGCCAGAGUCAAUCAAACCCACCCCAAUCCAUCGUCGCAGUCACCAAUCGAUUCAACUUUAUCAGUCGUUGGGUGGCAAGUGAAAUAACAAGUUGCACAACCGUAGAAAAAAGAGUUUCAUUAAUCUUUAAAUUUAUUAAUAUUGCUCUUAAUUGUUGGUAUUUAAAGAAUUUUAAUAGUACAACAGCAAUUAUUGCAGGUAUGAAACAUGGAGCAGUAUGUAGAUUCAAGACAACAUGGUAUUAUGUGAACCAGACAAAGGCGGGAAUAGUAUUCCAAGAGUUGGAGGAAAUGAUCUCACCAACAUCGAUUGCCAAGUUUAGAAAGAUCCAAGACUCUGUUGAGCCACCAUCGGUACCUUAUUUGGGUAGUUAUUUCAAUCACUUGAUUGGUAUUGGCGAAGGUAACAAAUCAGUCAAUAGUAACGACCAAAUCAACUUGAUCAAAUAUGAAAUGAUUGGCAAGAUCUUGUCAAAGUUGCAUGCCUUUCAAGAAAAGAAAUACAAUCUUACAACUGUCGGUGUUCUCCAAAACUUCCUCAACAAUGGUUUACAAUGGGAUGAAAAUCAAUUGUACAGUGCAGCUGGCAAUCGUGAUGAAAAGGUUGAUAGUCAACUUUUAGAACCAAAUGGAAAAUUCUCUUUAGUAAACGACUCGACUUGUUAUAUACUAUCUCAGUAA